AUGUCCCGCCAAGUGAAGGACGACUUCGUACGGCACUAUAUGGUCUCCGAACCCCGGACCCACCCCAAGGGCUACACUGAGUACAAAGUGACCGCGCAGUUCAUCUCAAAGAAGGACCCGGAGGAUGUCAAAGAGGUGGUGGUCUGGAAGCGAUACAGUGACUUUCGCAAGCUCCACGGAGACCUGGCCUACACCCACCGGAACCUCUUCCGUCGCCUUGAGGAGUUCCCCCCUUUUCCCCGCGCACAGAUGUUUGGCCGGUUUGAAGCCUCUGUGAUCGAGGAGCGGCGGAAGGGGGCUGAGGACCUGCUCCGCUUCACCGUGCACAUCCCAGCGCUCAACAACAGCCCGCAGCUCAAGGAGUUCUUCCGGGGCAGGGAGGUAACAAGGCUGUCCGAGGUGUCCAGGGACCUGCACAUCCUGCCACCACCCCUGAUCCCCACGCCACCCCCAGAGGAGCCCCGGCUGCUCCAGCCACUCCCAGCUGAGAGGAGGGGCCACGAGGAGUUGGAGGUGCCAGCGGACCCCCCACCAUCCAGCCCCGCCCAGGAGGCCCUGGACCUCCUCUUUACCUGUGGGAGCGCCGAGGACGCCACCGGGUCCCCUGCCCGCGGCGCGCUCACCGAGGCUGAGCUGGCCAUCUUCGACCCGUUCUCCAAGGACGAAGAUGCAGGUCCCAGCCCCACCCAUGUAGGCGAGCUGGCAGCAAUGGAGGCGGAGGUGGGGAGGCUACACCAGGAGCCCUGGGAGGCAGGAGGGCACGAGGAGGAAGAGGGUGAAGAAGGAGCAGCCACCCCUGCCUAUCUGAGCCGGGCCACGGCGCUCAUCACCCAGGCUCUGCAGGACGAGAGAGCCGGUGCCUACCCUGCGGCAUUGCAGGGCUACCGAGACGGCGUCCACAUCCUGCUCCAGGGGGUCCCCGGUGACCCGUCUCCUGCCCGCCGAGAAGGGGUGAAGAAGAAGGCUGCUGAGUACCUGAAGCGUGCAGAGGAGAUCUGGCACCUGCACCUGUCCCAGCUCCCACCCUGA